AUGAGUGACGUCGAGGACCGCAACGGGAAUUCAAAAUCCCGUUCCAUCUCUCCCAGUCGAAGCCGUAGCAGAUCGCCGAGCGAUCACAAGUCUCGCAGUCGAUCACCCACACACUCGAAGACACGUUCUAGAUCGCUUUCUCGGCCACCCAGCCGCAAUGGCAGCAAGUAUAAGAGCCGCUCGAGGCAUUCGUACUCAAGGUCACGUUCCCGGUCCCGUUCGUAUUCUGGAGAUCGUCGACGCAGUUACCGUAGCCACUCUCGAGGCUCUGGCUCGAGACGCAGCAGACAUGAAAACCCAAAACCUAACAAAUGUCUAGGCAUAUUCGGCCUAAGUGUGUACACUACAGAACACCAACUGUACGAUAUAUUUGCAAAAUAUGGUUCCAUCGACAAAAUCCUUAUUAUUAUUGAUGCUAAAAGUGGAAGGUCUCGCGGUUUUGGUUUUGCCUAUUUCAAAAAGCAUGAAGAUGCUAAGGUAGCUAAAGAAGAAUGCUCUGGCAUGGAAAUUGAUGGCCGUAGAAUUCGAGUAGAUUUUUCAAUUACCCAACGUCCUCAUACGCCAACACCUGGCAUUUAUAUGGGCAGACCAACAAUGAGAGAAGAAAGGUCAUCUAGAAGAAGAGGUUAUGAUAGAUAUGAUAAUAACCGAUAUGAUCGUGGUGAUCGAUAUGACCGUGGAGAACGUUAUGAUAGAUAUGACAGAGAUAGAGAUUAUGAUGAUUACUAUGAGGGUGGAUACAGAGGCGGCGGCGGUGGUGGUAGAGGAGGUGGUGGUGGCGGCGGUGGUGGAGGAGGCCACUACAGAGAACGCAGAUCACCAUCCUACUACAAAAACAGAUCACGUUACGAUAGAUCACGUUCACGUUCUUAUUCUCCACGUCGUAAUAAAACCUAA